UCAGAACAUGCUUGUUUGGCUCGGGCAUGUAUGUCAUUCAGAAGGUACAUUAGAUUUGCUGCUUCAACUCUUAAACAUUGAAAUCGCAUGAAAUGUAGGCCUAUAUCAUGCUCAAAAUUUAAAUAGCUAAUUUGCACUAGGUGGCUAUAACUUGGCUAUAAAUGUGUAGUUUCCGUCGGAUAUUUGCUAAAAUUAGCUGGUAGCUGGCCAUUUCGUUUGAAAAUCACUGAAAUGGGCAUGGGUACUCGCCAAAUCGGUCACAAUUUACAUACGAACCCAAAAACCUCGUCCUAAUACGCUGCACAUUAUUCAGGUAUUCAACACGACAACAAAAAAUCGUUUGAUACAGCGGGACACGCGCCAAUCAAUAUUAAACUCCCAAGCGGUGAGUGAAUGUGCGAUUUUCUGGCCAGUCAAUAGUUGCAAUGACGUUAUUUCCUGGGGGUGGCGGUGAGAGCAUGGUACUGCGGUCCUCCUCUGCUUUGCAACAGCGAGAGUCCGACAUGGAAACAAACACGAAGACGUGAGCGUGUUCUGGGAUUUUGCACUCUAUAAAUUUUACAAGCCCAAGCGCCAGCGGGUGCCGGUGAUUUGACUUUUUAGCUUGUGCACAAACAUCUACGCUAGUAAAUAUAUUUGAUAUUUGUUACAUUGCAGUAGUGUAGAUAGCUAGUUACCUCACGGACCAUGGCGGAGAGAAGUGGCCGGCUGAGCUUCCCCGGGAGCGGGGCACUCAAUAGACCCGUGCCGAUGAAUUUGUUCGCUACUUGGGAAAUAGACGGAUCGUCCCCGAGUUGCAUUCCCAGGUUGUGCAGCCUGACCCUGAAGAAGCUGGUGGUGAUGAGAGAGCUGGACAAGGAGCUGAUCUCUGUGGUCAUAGCUGUAAAGAUCCAGGGUUCUAAGAGGAUCCUCAGGUCUCAUGAGAUAGUGCUGCCACCUAGUGGCGUGGUGGAGACGGACUUGGCUCUCACCUUUUCACUCCAGUACCCCCACUUCCUGAAGCGCGAGGGCAACAAGCUGCAGAUCAUGCUGCAGAGGAGGAAGCGGUAUAAGAACAGGACCAUCCUGGGCUACAAGACCCUGGCGGCCGGCUCCAUCGACAUGGCUGAGGUGAUGCAGCACCCGACUGAGGGGGGGCAGGUGCUGCCUCUCUGCAGUAACCAGAAGGAAAUGCUGGGGAAGGUAGCAGAGAUCUGGAUCUUCUCCCUGUCCAGCCAGCCCAUCGACCACGAGGAGGCAGCGCUGCAAGGGGGGCAGAAGAUAAAGUGCACAGAUAACUACUCUGAGGAGGAGUACGAGAGCUUCUCCUCGGAGCAGGAGGCGAGCGACGACGCCGUCCAAGGCCAGGAUCUGGAGGAUGACGAGUAUGACGUCAGGAAGCCUAAGAAGCAGAGAAGGUCCAUAGUGAGGACCACGUCCAUCACCAGGCAGCAAAACUUUAAGCAGCGGGUGGUGGCCCUUUUGAAGAGGUUCAGAGUGUCUGAUGAGGUGCUGGACUCUGAGCAGGACCCUGCAGAGCCUCCCCCCGAGGUCGAGGAGGACCUGGAGAGUCUGGAUUUUGAGAACCCCAGCGACAGCGGCCCAGAGCUGGACGAUGACGACAGCGUCCUCAGCACCCCAAAACCCAAACUCAAGCCGUACUUCGAGGGCCUGUCUCUCUCCAGCUCCCAGACUGAGAUCGGCAGCAUCCACAGCGUCCGCAGCCAACGGGAGCCGCCCAGUCCAAUGGACCCUGACAAGGCCAAGAGCGGAGCAGCGAAGUUCCAGGCGGACGACGUGUCGGAUAACGUCUCAUACGAACACCCAGAGGCCAUCACCCCCACAACGGAGCUGGAGAUGGACAAUAUGGACACCUUCCUGGAGAAGCUGCCCCCUAGUGGCAAGAUGACCAAGACCGAGUCACUCAUCAUCCCGUCCAACAGGCAGGAGCCCAAGCUGGCUGGCCGGAGAGGAAGGAGCACUUCACUCAAAGAGCGGCAGCCCAGCAGGCCGCAGAACGAGAGGGCAAACAGCCUGGACAACGAGCGUUCGCUCGACACGCGCUGCCACCUUCAGAUUCCAAGGAAAACGGUCUACGACCAGCUCAAUCACAUCCUGGUGUCAGAUGACCACCUCCCGGACAGCAUCAUCCUCAUCAACACAUCUGACUGGCAGGGACAGUACCUGUCCGACGUGCUUCAGAAUCACCAGCUCCCCGUCGUGUGCACCUGCACGACCGCGGACAUCCAGGCCGCGUUUAACACCAUCGUCUCGCGCAUCCAGCGAUUCUGUAACUGUAACUCCCAGACCCCCGUCCCCAUCAAGAUAGCGGUGGCAGGGGCGCAACACUACCUCAGCGCGGUGCUUCGCCUCUUCGUCGACCACCUCUCCCACAAAACGCCCGACUGGCUGGGCUACAUGCGCUUCCUGAUCAUCCCGCUGGGUUCCCACCCUGUCUCCAAGUACCUGGGCACCAUUGACUACCGGUACAACAGCCUGUUCCAGGACGCGGCCUGGAGAGACCUGUUCCACAAGCCGGAGGCUCCGAUAUUGGUUCAGGAGAGUCCAGACGUGGUUUCCCGGGUUACGCAGUACAUGGUGGGAGCCAAUGGGGCCCAUCAGCUGCCCAUUGCUGAGGCCAUGCUCACGUACAAGCAAAAGAGCCUUUACCGGCCCAUUCUACUGGUGCCUGAUGUUCGGCGUGAGCCCGUUCCUUUCCAGCGCACUAAGUCCAACCCCAUCAACAUCUCCUGCCCUGGUCCCAGAAGGUUACAGUCCAGGGACACUGAGAUCAGGCACUCCAGCCCCGACGAGGACUCCUGCCAAAAGUUCAUCCCUUUCAUUGGGGUGGUGAAAGUGGGCAUCGUGGAGCAGUCGUCCGCCACAUCAGGGGACUCUGAUGAUGCCGCCCCGAUAGGGACAGGCCUCCUCUCCUCCACCCCUCCACAGGUGUCCCCCGCCCUGAAAGAGGCUUCGCCGACUCCGCCCUCCUCCCCUUCUGUCAACACCAGCUUCAUCUCAUACAGUUCUCCCGGGGGCAGCCAGGGGGAGCUGAUGGGCCUGCAGGUGGACUACUGGGUGGCCCCGCUGGACCGGAAGCGGGACGUGGAGAAGCGGGACUCGUCCUCCAAGAACACGCUGAAGUGCACCUUCCGCUCCCUGCAGGUCAGCCGGCUGCCGCUGGCCGGGCCCGACUUCAGUGCCCAGCCCACCAUGUCCAUGACUGUGGUCACCAAGGAGAAGAACAAGAAGGUCAUGUUUCUGCCAAAGAAGACAAAGGACAAGGAGGUGGAGUCUAAAAGCCAGGUGAUCGAGGGAAUCAGCCGACUUAUCUGCACUGCCAAGCACCAGCAGACCAUGCUGAGAGUGCUCAUCGAUGGAGUGGAAUGGAACGACGUCAAGUUUUUCCAGCUGGCUGCCCAGUGGUCCUCUCACGUCAAGCACUUCCCCAUCGGCAUAUUCGGACACUCGAAAGGCCCCUACUAACACCCUCUGGGGGCCCUCAUCUGGAACUGUGGACAGCCCCCCACGUGCCAACAGCCUUGAGUCUCCCCUGGGCCCACCUCCUGUGGUCCUUCGGCCCCUCCCCUUCUCAUAAUUUAAGAUCCCGCCUUCCCUAAUCCUGAGUUCCGUUUGUUUGUUUGUUUUUUUUUAAUUUUUUUUUUUUUAAACAAGAUUUUGUUUUGACUACAAGGAGGUGGAGCUGUUCAGGGGAGAUUUUUUGUUUUGUUUGUUUCCUUCUUUGCUCGACCCCCCCGUCCCCCUCCCCCUCCGCUGUGCUUUUUAAACACUUCCCUGCUGACUUUUUAUAGACUUUUUGAAAGAUGAAAAUGGAAAACCUAAUGAAAAUAAUCAUUUGAAAUGAUUGAAUUAACUCCUAACCUUGCAAGUGCUCAGGCUUUGUUUGGCUGCUCACUGUGUCCUCCUCCCGGUGGAUUUUAAGUUUCAAGCACUUGGCUCGUGUCAGUUAACGAGAUAACAAGCCCCUUUUCUUUAGAGCAUCUCCUAACCAAACAGAUUUUUAGGUUGCACUGACUCCAGCACAAACAAGGACACAGGCUCUCUGUCCUUUGAGUCUAAGUAUCUGGAAGAAUGGGCUGGAAUUUCCAGGUGGAAUGUUCCUGGCUCUCCCUAAUCCCCAGCACCCCAGCUCCCCAGCACCCCAGUACCCCAGUACCUGCUUCAGUGUUUAGAAAAGCCUCUAAUCUCUUUGCAGUAAAAAAAAAAAAAAAAAAGAAGCUUCAUGAUUUUUCAGUGGACUUGCAUCUCUAUGGAGGCUCACAGCAUUCAUUUAAAGGAGACUGAAUUGUGCAAUAAACUGUAAAUAAAAUGAACAUACUCCUUACAGCUGAACCGACAGGUGUGCUCCUGUACUGAUGUCACCCCUCAGUACCCCUCUCAGUUUGUCUGCCUUUCUGUUUGUGAUGGGAGGGGUUUUUGGGGAAGAUGUUGGGGUGGGUUUUGGGGGGUGGGUAUAGAGUGGGUGGUACGCUGGAUGAACCAUCCGUGAUGUGUUGAGAGUAUUACCAAAUCACACGUAGUAUGUGCAUUUCUUUCUUUCUUUCUUUCUUUCUUUGUCCUCUGCCUUUUCUUCCGCUCUCCUCUUUUCCUCGCCGUCUUUAAUCCCGCUCAUUUAGAUUCAGAUCAGUGUUUUAUUUUCACUGGCCGUGAUGACUGCCAGUGGAAUGAAUAGGUCACAGUCAAAAGGGUCCUUCACUCCAGCCCAUUUCGUUUUGAUGUACCAGUACACGGGAAAAAGGUACCGAAGAUAAAAGCACUUUUUGUAACCGUUUGACUCUUAAGCCCUUUUAAACGUAAUCAAAUUUACCAAUCCCUUAAUUAAACCAUGUUGUUUCUUUUUUUGGACACUUUGUACACAAGAACGGUACCUAAGAUAAAGCACUUUUGUAACUAUUUGACACUAAGCCCAUUUAAAAUGAUCCAAUUUAGUAAUUACUUCAUUAACCCACAUAAUUUAUUUUUUGACACAUGAAUUCCAAGUCCCUUCCCCCCACCCCCAAAUAGUUGAGAUGAUGUAUAUAGAGGGGCUGUCACGCUGCAGGAGUGGAUGGCACAAAACAAAAUGUGUGGUGUCAGCACAUCUUUAUAUAUGUUGUAAUGGUCAUGUGUUUAACAGCCACUCCAAAUGCACUCUGUCAGACAGCAAGUUCAUUUAAGUUAUUUCAAGUUUCCUCCGUUUGCCUUCUAUUUGGUGACUGCAGAAGGUCAGUAAUAUGAAAGGGUGAAUAAAAACAACUUUGCCCUAAGUGGUUCAGGGACUGGGUAAUUGACAGUUGCCUCGGACUUGAACCCCAUUACCUGUGGCAGAAGUGAGUCCGUUAUUUGCAAGAUCCAGUAAAGAGAACUCGGGUGCAUUUAGUCACAUUGCGCACACACAAAAUAUUUUCCUGCUGUCGCUACAAAACAAAAAAACACUUAGAGUGAAAGGCAAGAAUGGUGGCCAUCUUGCACCCAGUACUGUUGCCUGAAUUGGAUGAGGGACAUCACAGGAAGUGCAAGUGGCUCCACACUCAUUUUUCAUGUUUGUAAGUGUCAUUUUAGUAUCGUCAGUAUUGACCUCUGGUGUGGUGUUUAACCUGAAUGAAGGAGGAACGGGCUGCCAUUGUCCUCUAUCCCUACCUUCUUAAAAUGUUCAAACUAUAAACCUGGGACAAGCUACUGAGGUUGAAUUGAGAAUCUGAAUGUCAUUAAGAAGAAUGUGUGCUUUGUAAUCUUGACGAAGAAGACCCCAAAGAACACAUUUUAUUUCUAAAUUGGUUCCACUAUGAGUAUUUUUAAAGUAAUUUGUGUAAUUUUGUUCAAACAGAUCUCUGUAACAUGUUCUGUUUUCCUGUGGGAUUAUGGGGUGUUGCUAUUGGAUGGUUUCCCUGAGGGAAAAAUGUAAUUUGCAAAAUACUACCACUGUAAUCCCUUAAUUGGGAAUAAUAAACUAGACACACUAAA